AUGUGGAAAAGUAAAUUAUCUCGACUAAUGUGUGAUUUUCUGGAUGGUGCUGAAAAAGGACGAAGAACCCGGAAUGGUACACUAUAUUAUAAUGAAUUUCAAACACGUUUCUGGGAAAAAGGUAGCAGAAAUAUUUCGAAUCAAACAUCUCCUAAUAAUAGAAACCGAAGAACAUCUACCAAUGAUAGAAGCCGAAGACGAUCAUUAUCACCACAUCAUAAUUCACCUACACCGCCAGUGGAUAACAAUACAUCUAAUACUAAUAUACCCGAUCUCCAGCCUCCAUCUUAUGCAGAUGCUACAAAUACUCAGCAGGUAAAUGAGGACAACGAAGAUAAUGCACCAACUUCCACUGAAAAUAAUCCUCCAAGAAAUAGUUAG